ACUUCUCCUCGCUUUACGGCAGCCGGUUGUCAGUUGCUGCAUGUGGCACCAUGUGAGUGCAGAAUAACAGAAAACGCUUGUCGUCUGUGGUGUAGAGAUGUUGUAUCUCAUCGGUCUUGGUCUGGGCGACUGUAAAGACAUCACUGUUAAAGGUUUAGAGAUCGUCCGGCAGUGUAGUCGUGUUUAUUUGGAGGCAUACACGUCCAUACUGACCGUCGGGAAGGACGCUUUGGAGGAGUAUUAUGGGCGCGAGUUGCUGCUGGCCGACAGAGAUAUGGUGGAACAACAGGCUGAUGAGAUCCUGAAGGGCGCAGAUGUCAGUGAUGUGGCGUUUCUAGUGGUUGGUGAUCCUUUUGGAGCUACGACCCACAGCGACCUGGUUCUGCGAGCGUUGAAUGCUGGGAUUCAGUAUCGCGUUAUUCACAAUGCCUCCAUCAUGAACGCAGUGGGCUGCUGUGGAUUGCAGCUGUACAACUUCGGGGAGACGGUGUCAAUUGUGUUUUGGACGAACACAUGGAGACCUGAAAGCUUCUACGAUAAGAUCAAAAAGAACAGGGAUAUGGGCCUGCACACGCUGUGCCUGCUGGAUAUCAAAGUAAAAGAGCAGUCCAUGGAGAAUUUAAUGAGGGGUCGAAAGAUUUAUGAGCCUCCCAGGUACAUGACUGUCGCUCAGGCAGCUGAGCAACUCCUGGAGAUACUACAGAACCGACGGGAUCGGGGCGAGGAACUGGCAAUGACCGAAGGCACAGUGUGCGUCGGUCUGGCUCGGAUUGGAGCCGAGGACCAGACCAUCCGUUCUGGGACACUGCAAGAGUUGGCAUCCAGUGACCUAGGAGGACCACUUCACUCAAUGAUCAUCAGUGGACACCUUCACCCUCUGGAGGUGGACAUGUUGAAACUCUUCAGUGGUCCUGAGGGAUUGAAGACCUUGAAGAUGACCGAUAGUUCCACAUACGUAUCUUGAUAUCCAAGAAGCUUGUGCUCCUCAAGAAAAAAGCUCCCUUUCCAGUUCUCCUGGGAUUUUUUUUUUUUUUAAGGAAAAGUCGGUCUACGUGAGAACUUGGAGCUUCCAGAGGGUCAGGAGAGCAUGCAAGUGGGAUGAUAAUUUUGAUGUGUGGCAGUCAUGUUCUUGCUGUCGAAAAGUAAAUGAUGAAAUUAAUAAUUUAAACUUUAUUCUACCUUAAAAAUAUAGGGAAUGGAAAAACUUAUUGUGGACUAACUUCAUCUGGGUUACAUUAGUGCCUCUGAAAUUGAGCUUUCUUCGAAAUUGGCAUAAUGUUUCCGUACCAAGAGCCUUUCUUAAUGGAACUUUCUCAUUAAUAAUAUAAAUAAGAUUCCUUUGAGCAUGUAAUAAUGGAUGAAGAUUGAUUUUUACGUACAAUAAAGACACUCAUUUCGUCGCCACUGACCACAUCAACACCCUACAUGUGGUUUGUCUGUUUUCAUCUACAUCUGUGGUUUUGUCUGUAGUCUCUCAUUUAAUUUCUGUGAGCAUGAAUUGCAAAAAGAAGUGAACAAAGCUAUUGUCAGGAAGUA